UGGGCCAGAGACUCACUCGCUAAAAUCUCUUAUCGGAAAAGCCCACCGUGUUUUUCUUUCCUCCUCCAUAAACCUUAAUCUAUAUAAGUCGGCAAAACUGGUCGAGGAUUCUUCUCCGGCGAUUGGAUUCACGUUCGUUUUCUAGCACGUUCGAGUUUCCUAGCUGCUUCAUUCGAUUUCGAAAAAGCUUCAAACUUUGAUGCAAAUGGGAAGCAAAGCGAAGAUGUUCAGGUGGUCAAAAGACAUCACGCCUUCACAGGUUAUCAAACUGAUGCGAGCUGAAAAGGACAUGGAGAAGCUGAUCUCAGUUUUCGAUUCCGCAACAGCAGAAUACGCGAAUGGGUUCUUACACGACCAGAGCUCUUUCAGUUACAUGGUCUCUAGGUUGGUCUCCGCCAAUAAGUUCAAAGCAGCUGAAGACCUUGUUGCGAGAAUGAAGGCUGAGAACUGUGUAGUUAGUGAAGACACAUUGCUUUCGAUAUGCAGAGGGUACGGUAGGGUCCACAGGCCGUUUGAUUCUUUGAGGGUGUUUCACAAGAUGAAGAAGGAUUUUUCCUGUGAUCCUAGCCACAAGGGCUACGUUACUCUUCUUGCUAUUCUCGUGGAAGAGAAUCAGCUGAAGCUGGCCUUUAAGUUUUACAAGAACAUGAGAGAGAUUGGUUUGCCUCCUACCGUUGCGUCUCUCAAUGUUUUGAUAAAAGCUCUUUGUAGAAAUGAGAAGACGGUGGAUGCUGGUCUUAAGAUAUUUCUAGAGAUGCCUAAACGAGGGUGUGAGCCUGAUUCAUACACGUACGGUACUUUGAUUAGUGGUUUGUGUCGGUUCGGAAGGGUUGAUGAGGCGAAGAAGCUGUUUGAGGAGAUGGUUGAAAAAGACUGCUCACCAACUGUUGUUACCUAUACUUCCAUGAUCCACGGUUUGUGUGGAUCGAAAAAUGUUGAGGAAGCGAUGAGAUAUCUAGAAGAGAUGAGGAGUAAAGGCAUUGAGCCGAAUGUUUUCACUUACAGCUCUUUAAUGGACGGUCUUUGCAAAGAUGGGAGAUCUUUGCAAGCCAUGGAGUUGUUUGAGAUGAUGAUGGCUAAAGGGUGCAGGCCAAAUAUGGUAACAUAUAGCACUUUGAUCACUGGUCUCUGUAAGGAGCAGAAGAUUCAAGAAGCCGUUGAACUUCUCGAUAGAAUGAAUCUUCAGGGUUUGAAACCUGAUGCUGGAUUAUACGGGAAAGUAAUCAGUGGGUUCUGUUCUGUCAGUAAGUUUCGUGAAGCUGCAAAUUUCCUCGACGAGAUGAUUCUAGGGGGAAUAACUCCAAAUCGUUUGACUUGGAACAUCCAUGUUAAGACAAGUAAUGAAGUAGUGCGAGGUCUUUGUACAAGUUAUCCAACUCGAGCAUUUACUAUUUAUCUAAGCAUGAGGAGUAGAGGCAUCUCGGUUGAGGUUGAGACGUUAGACUCUUUGGUGAAGUGUUUGUGCAAAAAGGGUGAGUUUCAGAAAGCUGUUCAGUUAGUUAAUGAGAUAGUGGCUGAUGGGUGUAUCCCAAAUAAAGGAACAUGGAAGGUACUUAUAGGGCACACGUUGGAUAAAAAGAUUGUAGGAGAAGCUUCAGAAUCUCUUCUCAGAGAUUUGGAGAUCUAAAUACAAGGAAGAUAAGAUGAAGACAGCUGAAACAAACAAGUGGAAUAGGAAAAAGUUUACACAAAAGUUUUGAAGAUGUUACAUUUAGAACCAGAACAUCAUUUAGCAGUGAGCAGAGAGUGGAAAACCAAUACCAUGGCGUGUAGUAGGAAAUGCAGCGAACAUCAUACUGCAAAAGACUCCUACGGCCACGGGCAAAGCUGUGAGAAGCUCUGCUACUUCUGCUAAUGGUUCGGGGAAGAAACAGUUUACUACAUUAUGAUCAAACAUAACCACAGCUCCAAACACUAGUAACGUCAUAAUGGCAUGUGCGAAGUCUAUUAACUGUAGUCUGUAGCUUUUGGAACGUUCUUUAGGAAGAACAGCUUUGCCAUCGAUUAUCCAGAGGCCGUUGGUAGUGGCAAAUCCAUAGCAAACAGUUCCAUUCAAGUCCCUGUAAGAGUCAGUGAAGCUGAGUAUGAAGCAAGUGAAUGCGCAGAUGGACACCAGCAUUUCUGUCAUGAAUCUGCUAGCUAAAUCGCAGCGUCCACCGUUAGUGAGAACUGGCGAUAAGACCUGGAAACUCUUGAGCUUUCAAGAGUGGUGCUUUCUCUUCUUUGACCCCAGCUUCU